AUGUCAUCUGAAGCCCCCAAGGAUCUUCCCGUGCGGCCUGCCGCCGAAGCGCAGGCUGACAACGCCUCCGAAGCCGCUGCUGCCCCGCCGAAGGAUGCGAAAGCGAAGUCUAAGCAGGCACCGAGCCCUGAUGUUCUCCCUGAGGUCAUGAUCGAACGCAACAAGCUAUUCGAAGAGCUCUGGCAACAAUACCUCGAAGAGACCAAGACCCCCUACGAGACCACCCCAGGAUCCUUCCUGCGAGACGUGCCCAAGGACCUGAGCGCCAAUAUUGUUAUUGCUAAGGUUGAUGGAGAGUUGUGGGAUCUGAAUCGCCCUCUUGAGAAGGACUGCCAGGUUCUUCUUGUGCCCUUCAGCAACCCCGAGGCCCGCGAGGUCUUCUGGCACUCUAGUGCUCACACUCUGGGAGAGGCAUGUGAAUGUGAAUAUGGAUGUCUUCUUUCCCAUGGUCCCCCUACUCCUCAGGGUUUCUUCUACGACAUGGCCAUGCCUGAUGGACGCGUUGUUCGAGAGACAGACUGGAAAGCGCUUGACACCAGGGCGUCGCGCAUCUUCAAGGAGAAGCAAAGCUUCGAUCGAUUGGAGGUCUCCAAAGAGAACCUCAAGAAGAUGUUUGCCUACAGCAAAUACAAGCUGCACUACAUUGACAAGCUCGUGACUGGCGAGAGCAGCACCGUCUACCGUUGCGGUACCCUCGUCGAUCUCUGCCGUGGCCCUCACAUUCAAAACACCGGAAAGAUAAAGACGUUCAAGAUCAUGCAGAACUCAUCAGCCUACUUCCUUGGUGAUCAAAGCAACGACUCCCUGCAGCGUAUCCGUGGCGUUGCCUUCCCCGACAAGAAGCUAAUGGCUGAGCACCUGCAUUUCUUGGAGGAAGCCAAUAAGCGUAAUCACGUUAAAAUAGGUCAAGAGCAGGAGCUUUUCUUUUUUGAUGAAGUGUCCCCCGGUUGUCCCUUCCUCCUCCCUAACGGAGUCAAGAUCUUCAACCAGCUCCAGUCUCUCCUGCGCACCGAGUACCGCAAGCGUGGCUACCAGGAGGUCCAGACUCCCAACAUGUACGACGUUGGCAUCUGGAAGACUUCCGGUCACUGGGCUCACUACAAGGAUGAUAUGUUCAAGCUUGAUGUCGAGAAGCGGGAUUGGGCCCUUAAGCCCAUGAACUGCCCUGGCCACUUUGUUCUCUUUGGACACCGCGAGCGUAGUUACCGUGAACUUCCCAUGCGCCUUGCCGACUUUGGCGUCCUGCACCGAAACGAGGCUUCUGGUGCUCUGAGUGGUCUUACACGAGUGCGAAAAUUCCAACAAGAUGACACUCAUAUUUUCUGCACCCAAGAUCAGAUCAUUUCCGAGAUUGCCGGUCUGUUUGACUUCUUGAAGUCCAUCUACGGUCUCUUUGGUUUCACCUUCAAGCUUAAACUCUCUACUCGUCCUGAGAAGUACCUCGGAGAGUUGUCGACCUGGGACUAUGCUGAGGAUCAGCUCAAGGCAGCCCUGACUCAAUUUAUGGGCGAUAAUUGGACCAUUGACGAGGGUGACGGUGCGUUCUACGGACCCAAGAUCGACAUUACAAUUGCCGAUGCGCUCCAGCGCGAGUUCCAGUGUGCCACUAUUCAGCUUGAUUACCAGGCUCCUAUCAACUUCAAGCUGGAGUACAUGACAAAUGAGGUGGGCCAGGCAGUCCUGGAGCAGCCCAAGGAGGGUGAGGCUAAGAGCGCCGAGCUUGGUCCCGGCCGCGCCCGUCCCGUUGUCAUUCACCGUGCCAUUAUUGGCAGUUUUGAGCGAUUCCUGGGUAUAUUGAUUGAGCACUUCGGCGGCAAGUGGCCCUUUUGGCUCAGCCCCCGCCAGAUCCUCAUUGUUCCCGUCAUGCCGACGGUGAACGAUUAUGUCGUGGAGUUGCAGGAGCUCCUGCGUGGCGACAAGCUCAACGUCGACAUUGACAUUAGUGGCAACACCAUGCAGAAGAAGAUCCGCACUGGCCAGCUGGCUCAGUAUAACUUCAUCUUUGUCGUCGGUGCCUCUGAAAAGGAGGCUCGCACUGUCAAUAUCCGUAACCGUGACGAUCCCGCCACCCAGAAGCAGGGCGUCAUGGUGCCUCUCGAGGAGGCGCGAGCCAAGCUCAAGUCUCUGCGGAAGGAGCGUCGGUUGGAGAACAAGCUGUAA